UUCUUUGAAAACACGGAACAGAGAGGGAUUACACAAAUGACACCUUCACAGUGACCUCAAGACCUCUGUACUGGUCACAUCCAUGGAGGAAUCCAUAUCCCGAAUAAUCUCAGAGCUCGAAGAGAUCCGCCACUUGGACAACCCCACAACCCAACUCUCCGAACCCUCUCUCUUAGACCUCCAAACCCUCCUCGAUUCCCAUGAUUCGGAACUCCUGGACCGCCUCUUCGACGGCCUGUCGUCCAAGUCCCUCUCUCUUCCCAACCAUCUGGUCCGUCCGAUCGCCUCAGCCAUGGACUCGGGCCCGACCCAUUUGUCCCUUUUGGCGUCUAAGGUUUACCUCUCUCUGCUUCUCUCACCCAACGCCCCCGUUUUCACUCUGUUCACUCCCAUGUCGUUUCUCACUCUCUUUCGCUCUAUCCGCCGAUCUCUCAAGCGCCGGACAUCAGCCCCGCCCACCGAUACUGAGGGAUCCCACGUAGUCCCGGCCAGACGGAAGCAAAAGGGCGGUGGGGCUCGAGACAAGGGGUUAAGGAAAAAUGCCAGAAAUUCGUACAGUGAGAGCGAAGAGGGCGAAUUCGAUGUUGGGGAUUUGUUUCCUUUGCUUGAGAGGUUAGAAUUGGUAAUGGGUUUGAUUCAUUUGGACCGGUUUCCGGAUAGUUUGAAGUCUCUGGUCCAAACCGUGGUUGAAAUUCCGGUAAUGGCGGUUGAAUUGUGUGGUAAUUCCGCUGGUUUUAACCGACUAAUUGAAUUGUGCUCACGGGUCUUGAGCGAAGUGUUAAGGCCUGAGCAUGGUGAGCAGGCAGACACAGCAGCCGAGGUGUUGAAGUCGUUGUCGCAGUUGAUUCUUCGGCUUAAAUCUCCAGCCCGGACGUUCGCUUUGGGGUUCGUGACGAAUAGAAUGAUGGGAUUAACGAAGGUAUCUAAUGGAGUGAAGAAAGCGGUAGUGAAUUUUCCAAGGUACUUGGCGCAGAAGGCGCCGGAGAAGUCUGAGCCUCGGGCUUUAGCUGUGGAGUCGAUCAUGGAGAUUGUUAAAGUUAUGGAAUUCGAGGAUCAAAUUGGGUUUGUGGAGUAUGUGGUGAAGAUGACACAAGGAAAGGCCAACCUUAGGCUCUUGGCGGUUGAUCUUAUUUUGAUGCUUAUGAUGUCUUUGAGGGAUCCAUUGGGGGUGGGUUCCGGCAUUGAAGUGAAGGAUUCAUGGGGGUUGAGGUGUCUGGAGGCUUUGAUUCUGCGUUGUUCAGAUACAAGCACGACAAUCCGUGCUCGCGCCUUGUCAAAUUUAGCGCAGCUAUUGGGGUUUUUGGCUGAUGACAAUAAGAGCCGGGCCGUGUUGAAAGAAGUUAUGGGGUUUGGUGAUGCUGGGGAGCAAAUAUUGGAAGGUGGAAUGAAUGAUCUUUUGAGAAAAAGGUGUACGGAUGAGAAGGCAGCAGUGAGGAAGUCUGCACUUGUGCUAAUUACCAAGUUGACUGCCCUUCUGGGUGGUGCCUUUGAUGGAGCUCUGCUCAAGAGCAUGGGAAUAGCAUGUUCGGAUCCUCUUGUUAGCAUAAGGAAAGCGGCGAUUUCUGCUCUUUCAGAGGCUUUCAGAACAUUCUCAGAUGAAACUGUGACUAUGGAGUGGCUUCAUUCAGUUCCACGUUUAAUAACUGAUAAUGAAUCUAGUAUUCAAGAAGAAUGUGAGAACUUGUUUCUGGAAUUGGUACUGGACCGAAUAACUAGAGCUGGAUCUACUGGUUCUCCCCAAAAUGGAUCCGUUUUCCAUGAUUCAAGUCUGAAAGCAAAAAGUUUAGAGAGGGAAAUGGAGUUUUUAUUUCCUGAUGGGACGCUGGGUCUCUUGAGAGAAAUUUGCAAUGGAGAGGUGACACCUUGGGUGAAGAAAAUUUGUGCAAGCUUGGGUAAGAAGAAACGGCUUAGGCACAAAAUCGUUAUUGCACUUCAGAAUAUUAUCAGGACAUCUGAGUCUCUCUGGUUGAGGCAAUCGAUGCUAAUAGAGAAGUGGACAGCACCACCGGGUGCUUGGCUUCUUCUAUCUGAGGUGUCAGCAUACCUUUCAAAAGCAGUGGACUGGGAGUUCCUCCAUCAUCAUUGGCAGCUUCUUGACAAGUAUAGAGUAAGAGGUGACCUUAAAAAUCCUUUGGCAGUAGGAGAUGCACAUGAAGAAGAAGAGGACACAGAAUCCAAUUCUGUUUCUUGGGCUAGGGAUCGUGUUUUCCUUUUGCAAACAAUCUCUAAUGUUUCCGUGGAGCUUCCUCCAGAACCUGCAGCAGAUUUAGCCCAUAACUUGCUUAAACGAAUUGAAGAGUUCAAUAUGCAUUCAACUGAGGUUGAUGCUCAUGUAAAAGCCCUAAGGACAUUGUGCAAGCGGAAGGCUUCAAAUCCUGAGGAGGCUGAUACACUUGUCAUUAAAUGGGUAGACCAGCUUCUCCCUAAAGCUUCACAGAUUUUAGAAAAGUAUAUCUUAGAGGCUUCUGAAGCAAAUAAAUCUGGCAGCUUUUUCACACCACCAAGUAGAAAGGGCAAGAGAGCAGCAGUCAUGUCCAGGUUACUGUCAGAAGCAGUCACGGCAGUUUAUACGAUUGGAUCUUUGGUUAUUGUCUGUCCAGCUGCUGAUAUGAAUGCUAUUACUCCACUAUUGCACACCAUAAUCACUUCGGGAAAUUCUGGUCCCAAAUUCAAUAAAUUGCCAGGCCUUACAGCUUCUCUAAAGCAAACAGCCCCCUCUUUAUACAUUCAAGCUUGGUUGACAAUGGGGAAGAUUUGCCUUGCAGAUGGGAAACUUGCAAAGAAGUAUAUUCCUCUUUUUGUACAGGAGCUUGAAAAGAGUGAUUGUGCUGCCCUACGCAACAAUCUUGUAGUGAUGAUGGCAGAUUUUUGCGUUCGUUAUACUGCUCUAGUUGAUUGUUACAUAGCAAAGAUCACAAAGUGUCUCUGUGAUCCAUGUGAACUUGUGAGAAGGCAGACAUUUGUAUUGCUCUCAAGAUUAUUGCAGAGGGACUAUGUGAAGUGGAGAGGAGUGCUAUUCCUCCGAUUUCUUUUGUCACUUGUUGACGAAUCAGAAAAGAUAAGACAACUCGCCGAUUACCUUUUCCGGAGUAUUUUAAAAGUCAAGGCACCUCUUCUAGCUUAUAACAGUUUCGUGGAAGCCAUUUUUGUUCUGAAUGACUGCCAUGCCCAUAGUGGACAUACUGAUUCUCAGGGCUCACAAGUUGAGAGCCAACUUUUCUCCAUCAGGGGUAAUGAUGAGAGUUCGAGAUCUAAAAGAAUGCAUAUCUAUGUUUCUCUUCUGAAACAAAUGGCUCCAGAGCACCUUUUAGCCACCUUUGCAAAGUUAUGUGCAGAGAUUCUUGCUGCGGCAUCUGAUGGUAUGCUCAAUAUAGAAGAUAUUACUGGACAAUCUGUUCUGCAGGAUGCUUUCCAAAUUCUUGCCUGCAAAGAGAUCCGAAUUGCGUCCAACCGUGGAUCGUCAUCUGACUCAGCAGAUAUUGAUGAAGAAGGCGGAGAUAGUGGAGCAUUAGCAGCUGCUGCUAGAGGAAGGGCUGCAACUCAAGCAGUCAGAAAGGGCCUUAUCCAAAAUACCAUCCCCAUCUUUAUAGAGCUGAAACGCCUAUUAGAAAGCAAGAACAGCCCCCUCAUAGGAUCCCUCAUGGAAUGCCUCAGAAUCCUUCUCAAGGACUACAAGAAUGAGAUCGAUGACAUAUUGGUUGCUGAUAAGCAGCUUCAGAAAGAGCUCAUCUAUGACAUGCAAAAGUACGAUUCUGCAAAGGCCAAAUCAACGGCUGCAGAGGCUGUUGCCAAAAUGCAAAAAUCAAGUGGCUAUCGGUCACCUGAUGUUUCUAAGGUAAAACAUAACCAGAAUAAGCUGACCGACAAGUUGAAAAAUGAUUCAAAACUGGCUUCAGCAAUGGCAGAUGCAGCGGCUGCAGCCAAAGCCCGGUCUGUGCUAAGGGAAGUUAACAAGGGGACAUCUACACCGCCUCUUAGUUCCAUAAGUGUGCCUAAACUCAAGUCUUGUAAUGGUACAAGCACUUCACAAUGUGAUCGGCCUUUAGAUGUAUUAGAAUCUUUGAGGAAAAGACAGUCUUUUGAUUCUGAUGAAGAAAACUGAUGCCUCUAAUAAUAUAUACUUUCCCAUCAAGGUGCAACUGAAAGCUUUAAGACCUUGAUACAGGAGCUUACACUCA